CUUAAAGAUAAAAUGUGUAAUUCUAAACACCCAAAAUGAAAAUACUAAGUCCUUUACGGUUGGUGUGUGUUCCAUAAUCCAGAGAGUUUUGAGUUAAAAAUAAUGGAACAUUCUUCGGUGCAACUCUGCAACCUUAUCGUGAAAAGUUACGGUGCAUCCUCGUGAUAAGGAUAACUAGAUUUGAACUGCUUGAAAGAUGGGAGUCAAGGAAUAAUCAAAAUGUUGAUGAGUCUCAAGAAGUAUCCAUGGACUCAUUGAACAUUAAAAUCAUUUCUUGCUUGACUACAAAGUGACAUUCCAGAGGGCUAUAAUGGCGCCCUUUCAAUUCCACAACGUCCUAACCAUGCUCCUUCUAUAGGCUCUGAUCGAAUGAUCGAGUACCUUAACCAGAUACUACUGCUGGAAGAGAGCAUUGGUGAUGAGAACAACCAUGAUGCGUUCUGUGAUCCCAUUGCGCUUAGAGCUACAGAGGAUUCUUUCUACGAAGCCUUGCUUGAGAGGCCUUCCUCACAUUUUGACACCUCAGUUGGAAGCUACACGUAUCAUGUUGGUUCUACUGAUCUCUUUCCAGGAGAAUCAUUCGUGGCAUGUGAUUCUCCCGAUCUCUCCAUCCAGCCAUCAUCAUGUCAGACUGACUCGGAUGAACUAAACUGUUUAUCAUAUAAUGUCGAUAGUGGAAUUAUUUCUCGACUAGACGCUUACCUAAGUGCUGCUGAUUCAGUUCCAAAUGGUUUCUGUGAUCUUGGAGCUGCAUCCAUCUUGCAGUUCAAGAGAGGUGUGGAAGAAGCUAGUAAAUUCUUGUCUCUUGGUGUCAAUGAAUACUCAAUGCCUCCACUAACUGAGGACUUGAUCAGAGGUGUUGUUGUCGAUAUAGAGAGGGAGCAUUCUGCCGAUUCACGGCGUGGAAGGAGGAAGCAUUACUGCCCAGAUGAAAGUGUUCUAGAAGAAGAAAGGAGCAUGAAGUUCUCUGCAGUUCAUACGAAGGAUGAGGUUGAGCUAUCAGAGGUGUUGUUUGAUAAGGUUUUGCUGUGUACCGAUGAAGAUAAUGAUUCUCCAAUAAGAGUCAGACGCACACAAAAGAAAGGGCAAAGUGGCCGGAAGAGCCAUUCAAAGAAACAAGGUGAAGUUGUGGAUUUGGAGGAUCUUUUAAACUGUUGCGCACAGUCCGUUGCUGAUGCUGAUUAUAGAGCUGCAGUAGAUAAACUGAAGAAGAUCAGGCAGUACUCUUCCCCUACUGGCGAUGCAAGCCAAAGGCUGGCUCAUGCAUUUGCUGAAGGUCUUGAGGCACGGUUGUCUGGAACUGGGACACAACUUUAUGUUCCUCCAUUUCGUAAUACCGUCGUAGUUUCCGGGUUGAUAAAAUCCCACUUGUCAUCAUGUGUGCCAUUUAUGAGAUUAAUAUACAUGUUUUCAAAUCAAAUGAUUUACGAAGCAGCAUUAGGAGGCUCAUCAUUGCACCUUAUAGAUUUUGGUAUUCUCCAUGGUAUCCAAUGGCCGACUCUUAUUCGGGAUCUUUCACAAAGGCCUGGUGGCCCUCCAAGACUUCAAAUUACAGGGAUUGAGCUUCCCCAACCUGGUUUUCGCCCAUCACAAAUGCUAGAGGAAACAGGUGUUCGCUUGGGAAAAUAUUGCCAGCGUUUCGGUGUACCAUUCGAGUACAAUGCCAUCACAGCACAAAAUUGGGAGGCACUUAAGAUUGAUGACUUGAAGCUUGCAAGUGGUGGUGAGGUGGUUGCAGUUAACUGUGUUUUUCGAUUCAAACGCCUCUUGGAUGAUACAGUAUUUGGUGGGGACAGCCCUUGCCCCAGGGAUGCAGUUUUAAACUUGAUCCGGGAAGUGAAUCCUCAUAUUUUUGUGCACACUGUCCAUACUGCAUCUCACAGCUCUCCUUUCUUUCUCACUCGAUUUCGAGAGACUCUCGGCUUAUACUCUUCUUUCUUUGAUGCGCUUGAUGCAUUUUUCCCACGCCAUGAUAGUGAAAGAUUGAAUUUUGAACAAGGACUUAUGGGGCCGGAAAUAAGGAAUAUCAUUGCUUGUGAAGGCAUGGAAAGAAUAGAGAGGCCAGAAACAUAUAAGCAGUGGCAAUCUCGCACUAUGAGAGCUGGGUUCAAGCCUGUGCCCUUAAACCCUGAACUUGUGCAGAAGUUAGCAAUCAAGGCCGAGAGCAUAUGACAAAAACUUCCUGUUUGCUGAAGACGGCCAUUGGGUACUGCAGGGUUUGAAAGGUCGGAUUGUUUGGGCUACUUCUUGCUGGGUAGCUGCAUGAUAAUACUGUUCUAAUUUAAGCUCUAACACUGUUGGAAUUUAAGUACUGUUCUGAAACAUUGCAGAAUCAUUCGAGCCAUUAUCAUUUCACUUUUCUUGUGUUUCAUAAUUUAAAGCGUGGAAAAAUUGUUGGUGUGAAGACAUCAUCUUUCAAAAUUUGUUGUAAUAAAGCUGACCUGAGAACAACAGCUAUCUAGCUCUUAAUUUUC